AUGGGUGACAACACCGACCAGCAAGGCCAGAAGGCCCAUUCCUCCGCUUUCCCGAAUCCCCCAUUGUUCUGGAAGGACUUUACGCCCGAGAACAUUACUCGGAUCGCAGAACUGCGAGCUACGCGGGCUGAGGAGACUGGCACUGACCUAAAGGACUUGCCGAUCCGAACGUCAGCAAUCCCCGACGAACUGAUCAACCUACAGCCGCCAGCAGAACCGUCAACAGGGACCUGGCGCGUUCUGGGCGGACAGUAUAGCUUGGACGACAAGCUGCCCUCCCUGGAGGAAGUCAACAUCAAGCGCCUGGCUUCAGCUCACAACGACGAAAGGGAUGGCAAGCACCUCGAUCGCGCAUUUGAGUUGAAACGAAUGGCCAAAUCGCUCCUGCUCAAUUUUCUCGAGCUUGUCGGAGUAAUGAGCGUCACCCCGGAAGAUUCUACCGCCAAAGUUGACGAUUUACGAACGCUUCUCAUGAACUUCCAUCAUGUUCUUAAUGAAUAUCGCCCCCACCAGGCGCGCGAAUCGGGUAUCGCAUUAAUGCAAUCACAUCUCGACCGAACCCGAGCCGAAACUGCAGCCAUCAGGGCCCAGGUCGACAGCGCAAAGAGAGUACUAGAGGGCCUCGGCAGCAUCGAUAUCCUUCAGGCCGGUCCUACAUCGGAAUCUGCAUCAAAAGGGAAUGAACAACCUGCGAGCAACGACGUCUCGGACCGACGGGAGAGGGAGGUAUGGGAAGCGGCCGACGAGCUCUUCCUCUGA